GGUCCUGUAGCAUCCACAGCAUCAACAUUUUCUGUCCUCGCCUCUGGACCUGGCCUUCUGCCACACCCUCCUCCACCUCCUCCUCCAGGGCCACCUCCACUUUUUGAGAAUGAAGACAGACAAGAAGAGUCCUCUCCUUCACGCUCAGCUUUAUUCGCCCAGCUUAACCAAGGAGAAGCCAUCACAAAAGGGCUCCGACAUGUCACAGAUGACCAGAAGACAUACAAGAACCCCAGCCUGCGUGCUCAAGGACAAACUCAAUCUCCAACCAAAACACACACUCCAAGCCCCACAUCUCCCAAAUCUCAUUCUCCUCAGAAACAUGCUCCUGUGUUUGAGUUGGAAGGAAAAAAGUGGAGAGUGGAGUACCAAGAGGACAGAAAUGACCUUGUCAUUUCAGAGACUGAACUGAAACAAGUGGCUUACAUUUUCAAAUGUGACAAAUCUACUCUCCAGAUUAAAGGGAAAAUAAAUUCCAUUACAAUUGAUAAUUGUAAGAAGUUUGGCCUUGUGUUUGACAAUGUGGUGGGCAUUGUGGAAGUGAUCAACUCCAAGGAUAUUCAAAUCCAGGUAAUGGGGAGAGUGCCAACAAUUUCCAUUAAUAAGACAGAAGGUUGCCACAUAUACCUCAGUGAAGAUGCGUUGGACUGUGAGCUUGUGAGUGCCAAGUCAUCUGAAAUGAAUGUUCUUAUCCCUCAGGAUGGUGAUUAUAGAGAAUUUCCUGUUCCUGAACAGUUCAAGACAGUAUGGGAUGGAUCCAAGUUAGUCACUGAACCUGCAGAAAUUAUGGCCUAAUCUCCAGAGACAUCAAACCCCCUCACCUGAGUCUCUAUCAAACGAACAAAAACAAGCAGCAUUAGGGAGCUAGAAGUCGCAGUAGCACCUACUGCUUUAGUUUAAGCCUCCAGCAAUUCUGUGCUGUGGAAACAUCGUUGUUUGUGACAUGCCUUCUUGGGCAUUUUGAAAUAUUUAACAUCUCCUCAUGAUUUGCCUUUGUGUGUGAUUUUAGUUCCACAUGAUAACUUGUGAGCACUACAGAUUAAAGGAAAAAGAAAAAGAAUUCUGUUCCCCUUGUAUCAUUGACACCGUAACUGAUAGGUAAAAAUAUUGCAUGAUUCACUUCUGCACUCGUGUUUGUUAGUGAGAAACACAACCUUUGAGAAUCUAUGUACGUUUUUACCUUUUAGACAAUUUUAAUAUAAUGUAGUAGUAGUGUGCCCUAGAAAAUAUUUGAUUUUUUUAUAGUACAUGUCCACUUUUAUUGGCAUGGAUACACUAUCUGCAUGAAUACUUACUUCAAUCCACAUCUUAAAAAAUAGGAAAGUUCCCUUUGAAGACAAAAAAAUUCAGUUUCUUGGUCCUUAGAAGACCUGUAUCAUUUAUAAUUACU